AUGGUGGCGAGCGCGCGGGUGCGGAAGCUGGCGCGGCGGUACCGGCUGGCCGUGGCCACGGCCCUCGCCAUCCUCCUGCUCCAGGGGCUCGUGCUCUGGAGCUCCGCCGGCCUCGACGAGGAGGGCCCGGCCGAGGAGCGGCAGAAGAAAGCCAGGUUGCUCGAGAACAGCGAUGGCUCCAAGGACUUGGACAGCUCUGCGGGGCGCCGGGGCAGCGCAAGCCGGAAGCACGGGCGAUGGCGAGGACGGCCAGACAGCCCUGGCGUGCUGGUGUCCAAGGUGGUGAGAGCCGUCACAGCGAAACACAAAGCAGGGCGGAGGCUGCCGGCCGCAUCGGACUCCUCCAGCCGGAGGAACCUGACGGAGCGGCGCGGGGAUGCCCAGCUGGCCGUCUUCCAGCAGGGCGACACGGGGAGCGUGGAGGGAGCCCCCCAACCCACUGAGUACAGCUUCACCCCCAAGUGUGAGAUCACGGGCAAAGAUGCCCUCUCGGCGCUGGCGCGGGCCAGCACCAAACAGUGCCAACAGGAGAUCGCCAACGUGGUGUGUCUGCACCGGGCAGGCAACCUUAUGCCACAGUCUGUGCCCCGCCACUGCCAGCUCUCAGGGAAGGUCAGCCCUGUGAUCCAGUGGGACGAGAGCCGGCUGCAGCAGGCACCCCCCGGCAAGCCAGUGCGCAUCGCGUACAUGCUGGUUGUGCACGGCAGGGCCAUUCGCCAGCUGAAGCGGCUCAUCAAGGCGGUGUACCACCAGCAGCACUUCUUCUACAUCCACGUUGACAAGCGCUCCAACUACCUCCAUCGGGAGGCAUUGGAGCUGGCCCGGCACUACCCCAACAUCCGUGUGACGCCCUGGCGCAUGGUGACCAUCUGGGGAGGUGCCAGCCUGCUGAAAAUGUACCUACGUAGCAUGAAGGACCUGCUGGAACUGGCUGAGUGGCCCUGGGACUUCUUCAUCAACCUGAGUGCCACUGAUUACCCCACAAGGACCAAUGAGGAGCUGGUGAUGUUCCUGUCCAAAUACCGAGACAAGAAUUUCCUGAAAUCUCAUGGUAGAGACAACGCCAGGUUUAUCAAGAAGCAGGGCCUGGACCGCCUGUUCCAUGAGUGUGACUCCCACAUGUGGCGGCUGGGCGAGCGCCACAUUCCCGAGGGCAUCGUGGUGGACGGGGGCUCUGACUGGUUCUCGCUGACACGCAGCUUCGUGGAGUAUGUGGUCUAUGCGAACGACCAGCUGGUGUCCCAGUUGCGGCAGUUCUACACCUACACGCUCCUGCCAGCCGAGUCCUUCUUCCACACAGUCCUGGAGAACAGUCAUGCCUGCGAGACACUGGUUGAUAAUAACCUCCGAGUGACCAACUGGAACCGGAAGCUGGGCUGCAAGUGCCAAUAUAAACACAUAGUCGACUGGUGUGGGUGCUCCCCAAAUGACUUCAAACCCCAGGACUUCCUACGGCUACAGCAACUCUCCAGACCCACCUUCUUUGCCCGCAAGUUUGAGUCGACAGUGAAUCAGGAAGUGCUGGAGAUCCUGGACACGCACCUCUACGGCAACUACCCCCCCAACACGCCGGCUCUUAAGGCGUACUGGGAGAACGUCUAUGACCGCAUCGAUGGGCUCAGCGGCCUCAGCGAUGUCACCCUUACCUUCUACACAGCCUUCUCCAGGCUGGGGCUCCGCAGAGCCGUGUCCACGCCAGCGCUGAAGGCAGAGAAGCUCUGCAGAUUGGAGCCCCGGGGUUUCCCAUCCAGUGUGCACUUAUAUUUCUAUGACGACCGUUUCCAGGGUUACCUGGUGAUGCAGGAAGUGCAGAACUCAGCAACAGGGCAAGCAGAGUCACUAGAGGUGUGGAUGAUGCCCCAAGGAUCUUUGAAGCUGGCAGGUCACGGAGGGCAGACAAACAGAUUACAAAACCUUGAGGUGGGCACGGAGUGGGAUCCCAAGGAAAGACUCUUCCGCAAUUUUGGAGGCCUGAUGGGGCCUUUUGAUGAGCCAGUGGCCAUGCAGAAGUGGUCACGGGGGCCCAACCUGACAGCCACAGUGGUGUGGAUUGAUCCCACGUAUGUCAUUGCCACUUCCUACGACAUCACGGUGGACGCUGAGGCAGAGUUUACCCAGUAUAAGCCUCCCCUCAACCGGCCCCUGCGCCCUGGCAUCUGGACCAUCCGCCUCCUCCAGUUCUGGGAGCCCCUGGGGGAGAGCCAGUUCCUGGUGGUGCCACAGACCUUCAACCAAAAGCAGCCUCUCAGGAAGGAUGAUAGCAGCUGGCUGCAUGGCGGUCCCCCACGCAACGAGUACAUGGAGCAGAGCUUCCAGGGCCUGGGGGGGAUCUUGAACUUGCCACGUGCGGAGGAGGUGGAGAAGGACGCGGUGCGGAAGGCGCAGCUGACGGGCAGAGCACUGGAUGACUGGGCAGACGGCGCCAUCAGCACCUUCUGGUCCGUGGCGGACGUCUGCGUGAGCAGCCCCUCUGUCUGCUCCGCCCUGGAAACCUGCACAAAAACCUCCUGGAGCUCGCUGUCCCCGGACCCCAAAUCAGAACUGGGGCCCGUCAAACCCGAUGGGCGGCUGAGGUAGCAGGACCAGCCGUGGCACGGCGUUGGGAGCAAGGAGCAACCUCUGUCACUGGCAUGGUGGGGAAGUUCUCUGGACUACAUCACCCCGUGAGAUUUGCACCAUAGUCACUCAAGGAGGAGAGAUGGGAACCUUCUCCUGUGGGUUUUUUUGGGGGCAGAGGGGAAGGUGCAAGACUGGGACCUUGCCCACCUUCCCCAGGAACGGGCACUUGCUGGCCGGAGGAAAGCGUGCUGGGGCACCCGUCACCGCAGGGCACAGGCGGCAGUGGCGGCUGGGAAGAGCAGUGUGUUUAUUGCUCCAGGGCCUUGGAGCCUUGGGAAGGGGUGAUGGGGGAGGGAGGAGAAGGGAGGCUGGCAGGCAAGUAGGCUCUGGGCCAGCUCAGCACCCUGCCCAGCCGCGGGCUGGAUCUCUGCAGGAUCAGGCCGCUCCCUUGGGAGGGCUGGCAGCGGGCCCUGGGGACAGGGCGGACCGGAGCAGAAUGGGUCGACGCCUGCUGCACGCAGGGAGCUGCUGCUGGCCCAAGGCCUGCAUCUUAUCCCCUCCACCCCAGCCCUUUAGUUUGUAUUUUUAUAAAUACAGAAAUAUAUACGAUGCAAAGUGCAAUAGAGACGAGACCCCCGCACUGGCCGGGAAGUUCUUGUGUCUCCGUCUCCCUUCAGACUGUAACAUGACUUGUUCUCUUGGGUGUCCUGGAGCUACAGGACAGGGUGCUGGGUCAUUUAGGGUUUUGUUUUGUUUUUUUGUUGUUUGUUUUGUAUUGUUUUGCUGUUUCCCUAUUUCCUGCUGGGGGAGUCGUAUCCUGCUGCCCCUCGAGUAGGGCUGCCCUGUGGUCGCAGGGCCCUGCAGGCCCUCCAGAGCAGCGGCCCGACCGUGCCAAAUGUUUGGACCUGCUGGUGUUUCUUGGUGGUCGGGGAGGAGCACUUCUUUUUGCACCGUUUAAGUUCAAUAAGCCACUGUGGAGUCGGCAUCCCUGUCUUCGCUGUAGUAGAGGCUUUGGGAGCUGAGCACCAAGACACUGAGUCCCCUGCCAAAAUGAUUUCUUGGUCCGAGUGAGACGGCGGUUCCCCUCGCUGGAGGGUUGCCUUGUGCCACGGCUGGUCGGCACAGCCUUUUCUCCCGGGAAGCAGAAGCUCUCGGGACUUCCCUGGCCGAAAGCCCAGAGGUGAGAGAUGGUCUGGCCAGCUCUGUCCCUUCCCCAGUGUUCCUGCUUCCCCCCUUUUCUGGAGGGAACGCGUGCUGCCUCCUCCAGGGAGGGGUGCGGCGGGGCUCCCCCCUCCCGCCUUCCCCCCAGGCCGUGGGGGCUCCCUGCACCCUUCUUUCUCUCCGCGGAGAAGCCCCAGUUUGUUUUUUCCACCCCGGGAAGCUGUCCUGCGUGCCAUAGUGAACCGCCGCGGGCCGGGGCGGAGGAGCUGCCGGCCCCGGGGCGGGCAGGCGGGCAUGGAUCUCACGGACCCGUGCUCGGGGCGAGGGCGGACGGAGCAGCUUGUCCGGGGCCGCGUGCGGUCGCGUUUUGACCGUCUCCAAGGAUCCGUGCCGUCCUCCGCGUCCCCCCGAAGCCCAGGGCCCUCCUGGUCCGCAGCGCGGAGGUCGGGCUGCCUUUCGGUUCGCGUUCACCGUCUCCCCCUCCGGUUUAAGGACACCGGUGCCGAAGGAGGCAGCGUUGUGAAAUCUGCCCUGCCGCACGCCCAGGGCGGGAUGGAGACCUCGGUGGGCAAGGGCAGCCGCAGGCCCGCUCCCUCCUCGCUAGCCGGGCACUCCGGGGGACAUGGUGCGAGACGCGCCGGGCAGCGCCUGGCCCCGGGCCGGGGCAGGACGCCGAAACUCUGUGUCAGAAGCGUUAUGUAAAGUUGUCUUAAAUAUGCAACAUCACCACAAAUAUAUCUAUAUCUCUAC